AUGACUGAGAAGGAGGUUAGUAUGGAUCUGAUUGGAAGCCAGGUACUACUCUCCAAGACAAUGAAGAAUGAUCCCCAAAAAGAAUUCAGAGAGAACCAAGCUGCCACUCCCAGAACUGAGCUGCCACUCCCAUCACAGUCCCUGAGUGCAAGGGCCUGGGGAGCAGAGUGGUUCAAAGAAGGGCCCACCAGCACCUUUGGGACCUUGAUGCCAGCUGUUGGGUGCCACCUCACAGGUAGGGCUCUGGUCUCUGUAGUCUGGUGCCACACCCCGACACCGCAGACAUGCUCUGGUGUUGGGUUGGCCAAAAAGUUCAUUUGA